AUUUUGUUUUUACAAGAAAAAAAAAAAUCCCAUUGAAUCGAGCAAUGAAGAAAUUGUUUUUUUCUUGGUUGGUGUUGUACAUUCAUCAAAAUUUUGUGAAUAUCUAGUUUAUUUCCUAUUCCUUGAAAACGAUAUUUUACAAAAACGUAAUUAAAUUGUAAUUAAAAUAAAUGGAUAAGCUUACAACAAUAAGCGCAACAUUAUUUAUGGCUGCUGAUGUUUUCGCAAUUGUUAGCUUAGCCAUGCCUGAUUGGAUUGUCACAGAAGAAGCUGGUGACAUCCGCCUAGGACUAAUGUGGACUUGCAUGACUUUGUAUAAUAGGCCGCAAGUAUGUUUCACUCCGGAGCUGCAAAUUGAAUGGCUGUUGGCAUUAAUUUGCAUAUUUGUUGGAUGCAUUUGUGUCACCACUACAGUAAUUCUUUUGGCAUCGAGUACCUGGGACCGCAAUGUUAUUCCUUAUGCCAGAUGGGUAGGAUUCACAGCGAUGGUGUUGUUCUGCCUUGCUGCAGUGAUUUUUCCACUUGGUUUUCAUGUGGAUGAAAUCGGUGGGCAAGCAUAUCAACUUCCGAAUACUUACAAGAUCGGAAUCUCGUACAUCAUGUUCGUGUUGGCGCUCUGGAUAACAGUUGUGUCAGAGCUAUUUGCAGGAAAAGUGUGUUUGCCACAUUUUUAAUAUUAAGAACAUGAGCGAUUUCCCUAGGGACCAUGGAUUGGAUAUUUACUUCAGUUCAAAGAUGAUUAAUUAAUGUAUCGAUUUAUUGGUCGCAACGAUCAGAACAGAAGCUGUUCCAUAAUAAUUUUUUUUAUUGAAAUUUGAAAAAUAAAUAAAUGCGCCGUGCGAGACGCUGGCUCGCAACAUUUUUUUGAAAAGGGCAUAUUAAAAUAAUAAAUAAAUUAAAAAUAUCAAAUGCAUUCAUUAAAAAUAAAAUA